GGGAUAAACUUGAACGGUGGAUUUUGUAUGGAGCCACCGAGUUCGAGACCGGAGGAGCCUCCGUCAUGGGAGGACCUUUACAAAGUCAAUCUAAUGCCGUCGGAGCUAUUCCUCAAGUUCCGCAAAGAGCUUCAAGGCCUUCGUGUUGGCGUCAAUCUAGAGUUAUACAACGAACCCACAAAUGAUUACCAUGCAAAGCUUGUUUUGAAGCCUCUAUGUCCAGAAAGGAAGUGGAAGUUUAUAUAUGAGCCACUACACCAAGAAGUUCGCGUUUUAUCAAAGAAGAUUCCUGUAACCAGAUUCCUAAACCUCCAGGUUGGUGUUGGACAUAACUUUCAAAUGAAUGCAAUUGGUUGGAAAUGGAAGCUUACCUCAUGUUUGGGUGGAGAUGGUGUGUCUCGGAUUCGAAACAAAACUACGCUUGGUCUUAGUCCUGGUAUCGAUUUCCGGUUUGGAUGGAGAGCUGAUUUUGUACUCCCAGAAGUUACUGGGGCCCUUGGUACUGAGGAACCGUUAUUUAACAUGAGCUCCGGGCGUUUAGAGGCAUCACUUGACAGAGUAGAGGCCAUUAUAACUCAUUCAGAUUAUCUAUAAACCAUUCGGUACUCUUCGUGUUGGGGAUGCUUGAAAGAACAUACAUUGCGAAAACAAGGACGAGAUCAGAAGGCAAACAUGUGAAAGCACUAUGGUCUUCACAACCAAAACAUAAGAAUAUAUCCAUAAGAUUUUGCUUUAGAGAUAAGCUGAAAGCACAAGCACUUGUGGGUAGUUUCAUGCUAUUAAUAUGAUUUGGUAAGCAAUCACAAGUUUGAUGGACGUUCAUGCAAGAAAUGUAGAAUCGUUGGAUCGUUGAUACAAGUUAGUGUUUGCAGGCUUGUACAUGGUUCCGAAAUAAUCAAAUGUAUUUUACUUCGAAUCAAAUUGCAAUGAUAGUAAAUGUAAAUUAGAUGUUUGCUAAGUUGGUUGUUGAAAAAAGUGAACUUAAGGGGAUGUAAUAGAAUGGUAAAUUACAGUGUUCGUGUA